AUGAGUUCCACGCACAAACAGCUGCUCAUCUUGCUCCUCCUCCUCUACACACACUCUUCCUCCUCCCAUCCUACUGCCACUGCCAAUGGCUCCAUUGCGGCAUGCCUCGCAUCUCAGUCGUCUUCCCUGCUGCAGAUAAAGCGCUCCUUCAUCAGCAAAGGCAGCCUCCCGUCAUGGCAACCUGACACCGACUGCUGCCACUGGGAGGGUGUCACCUGCGACAUGGCUUCCGGUCAUGUCAUCGCGCUCGACCUCGGUGGCCAAUAUUAUCUUCAGAGCAAUGGCCUAGACCCUGCAAUCUUCAACCUCACCUUGCUCAGAAACCUUAGCCUUAGUGGCAAUGACUUCAGGGGAGCGCAGCUCCCAUCUUCUGGGUUUGAGCGGCUCUCCGAGCUCGUCAGCAUCGAUCUGUCUCUUACAAAUUUUGCUGGUCAGAUUCCUGUUGGUAUUGCAAGUCUGAACAAGCUUCUUGUUCUCGACUUGUCUGGUAAUCCAAACUUAUACCUCAGUGAGCCCAAUUUUCAAAGCUUCAUAGCAAACCUAAGCAGACUGAGAGAGCUCUACCUUGAUGAGAUGGACCUCUCCAGCAGCGGCCCAACUUGGUCGAGCGCUAUAUGGCCCUCUAUUCCCCAGAUCCAAAUCCUCAGCUUAAUGUCAUGCGGAUUGUCCGGUUCGAUUGCUACCUCUUUCUCGCGACUCCGGUUUCUGACAAUGGUUAACCUCAGGGGCAACUUUGGAAUCACUGGUGUGGUUCCAGAGUUCUUUGCAAACUUCUCUCUACUGACAAUUCUGGACCUGUCAGGGAACGAUUUUGAGGGGCAGUUCCCCACAAGGAUCUUCCAGCUAAAAAGGUUGAGGUUCCUUGAUCUGUACUGGAAUGAUAAUCUUUGUGUUCAGUUACCAGAGUUUGAGAGGGGAAAUCAAUUGGAAGUGCUGGAUCUAGUAAUGACAAAGAUCAACUGUCCCAGUGUUAUACCAGCAUCACUGGUCAAUCUCAAGUCUCUGAAGCAUUUGGGCCUUAGCACGUCAGGGAUUUCAAGGGCGUCAGAUAUCUCAGUUAUUGGAAAAAUCCAGUCAUUGGAGGAACUGCGUCUCUAUGGAAUAUCAGGACCAAGGAAGCUGGAGUUCUCUUGGUCUUGGAUAGGCAGUCUUAAGAAUUUGACAUACCUUGAGCUUGACAGUUAUGAUUUAUCUGGGGCUUUACCCUCUUCGAUUACCAAUCUUACAAAUCUGAAUAGUUUAACGCUCCACUCUUGCAACAUAUCUGGGUCAAUACCCUUAUGGAUUGGGAAUUUAACCAAGCUCAGUGAUCUGAACUUGGGAAGCAACAGCCUGACUGAAAGGUGCAGUACAGACCUGUUGACUACAUAUUCUCUAUGUAAAUGCAGGCAAAAUUCCAAGAUCUAUCUUUGUUCUUCCGACACUGCAAACACUGUACCUAGACUCAAAUCAGCUUUCUGGUCAUCUAGAAGAAUUCCUGCUCCUUUGUCCUCAUCUAUAUCUGAGAUUGAUUUAAGCAAUAAUCAACUUAGUGGUCCAAUGCCACCAUCAUUUUCCCAACUUCCAAGUCUCAAAUAUCUCAACCUUGAGUCAAAUCACUUGAUAGGCACAGUGGAACUUAACCCUUUCUGGAAACUAAGCAAUCUUUAUUUUCUUGGUUUCUCUAACAAUAUGCUAUCAGUGAUUGAUGCAGAAGAUGGUUCUCUGCCUCCUGUCCUCCCUAACAUUCAGCACCUUGGCCUAGCAUCUUGCAACCUCACAAAACUCCCAAGGGUUUUGAGAUAUCUAGAUAUCAUUCUUGAAUUAGACCUUUCAAGUAAUCAGAUUGGCGGGAGUAUACCAGGAUGGAUAUGGGUGGUUUGGAAGGACACUCUUGGAAUGUUGGACCUCUCGAACAAUGCAUUUACUAACCUUGAAAAGUCCUCACUUAUUCCAAUGACACAUCUAAAUUUUCUCAAUCUUAGUUUCAAUAGGCUUCAAGGAGAUAUACCCAUACCAGUCAUAUCCUUGCCUUAUGGUGUAGUUGCCUUAGAUUACUCAAAUAAUGGAUUCUCUUCCAUUCUUCCUAACUUUGGUAGGUAUCUUAACAAUGUUGUCUAUAUUAAUUUGUCCAAAAAUAGACUACAUGGCCAUGUGCCAACUUCCAUUUGUGGCAUGAGAGAACUCCAGAUCCUGGACUUAUCUUAUAACAACUUUAGUGGUUUGGUCCCAUAUUGUCUACUCGAAGGUGGAAGCUUGAGUGUACUGAAGUUGAGGGAGAAUAAGUUCCACGGGAUGUUGCCUCAAAAAAUUAAGGAAGGGUGUAUGUUUGAGACAAUAGAUUUGAAUGGCAACCAAAUUGAGGGGGGACUCCCAAGGUCGAUAUCAAACUGCAAAAGCCUAGUGCUCCUUGAUGUUAGCAAUAACCAAAUCCUCGAUUUAUUCCCUUCUUGGUUGGGGAGUCUUCCUAAGCUUCGAGUUCUUGUACUGAGAUCCAACCAAUUCUAUGGCACAAUAGGGGGGCUUCAAAAUGGUGAUCAAACAAGGGAUUUCUUCUCAAGUUUGCAAAUACUUGAUUUGGCAAGUAACACUUUCUCUGGCAACUUGCACUCAGAAUGGUUUGGUAAACUGAAAUCAAUGAUGGCAAGUGUCAACAAUGGACAGGUUCUAGGGCACCAAACAAACUUUUCACAAGGUUUUAUCUACCAUGAUGUCAUCACAAUUACAUAUAAAGGGUUGGAUAUCACAUUCAAUAAAAUGCUGACUACCUUCAACGCAAUUGAUUUAUCAAACAACUCAUUUGAUGAUGUCAUUCCUGGAUCAAUAGGGAGGCUUGUAUCACUUCAUGGUCUUAACAUGUCACAUAAUGCUUUCAUGGGAGAAAUUCCACGACAGCUUGGUGACUUGGCUCAGCUUGAAUCAUUAGAUCUCUCCUGGAACCAGCUCUCAGGGGAAAUCCCACAAGAGUUAACUUCUCUAACUUUCCUCGCUUGGCUCAAUCUUUCAUACAACAAUUUAACUGGAAGAGUACCACAGAGCAACCAAUUCUUCUCAUUUUCCAGCAGCUCAUUUGAAGGCAAUGUGGGCCUCUGUGGAAGGCCACUGUCCAAACAAUGUGAUACUCCAAGCUCAGCUGCUGCUUCAGAAGGUAGCAGUUGGUGGGAAGACAAAGUUGGUGUUGCCCUACUGUUCAUAUUUUCUGGCUUGGGGUUUGGAGUGGGCUUUGCAUUGGCAAUCAUAUGCCAAAAGGUUUGUCAUGUAAAAGGAGUGUCCGUUGUACUCAGUAGGUGGUGCCAUGGGAUCUAA